UUGGAGAGAGCAGAGCAGAGGACCAUCCGCCUAAAACAGUACACCUCUGCGGACAUCUGAGGUUCAGUAAAGACCUGAAGAGCUCUGCACUGUCCAGCUAUAACACUGACCUGUGAGAAGAACUUGCGGUGGAUGUAAGAGCGCUCAGAGGCAGAAGAAAUGAGCAGAGGAACAGCGAAAGAGCCGCACGGAUGCCAGCGCAACUUCACACUGAUCAUCGUGUUGCUCGUAGUCAUCUGCGGGGCAGAGAUGCCCUCAGACCCAAACGUGGUGGCCGCCUCCAGUUGGAACAUGUCCAGCGGAGCUGAAAGAGAUCACUUCCUAAGGCUGGAUGCUCCAAUGAAUAACAUCACUACUUCCCUCGGACAGACAGCUGAGUUACAUUGCCACGUUUUAGGGAAUCCACCACCCACAGUCCGCUGGCUCAAAAACGAUGCUCCUGUGGUUCAGGAACCGCGGCGUGUCUCUUACAGGCCCACUCCGUACGGCUCCCGCUUAAGAAUCCGAAACCUGGACACCACGGACACCGGCUACUUUCAGUGUGUGGCUACCAACAGCUUUGGCACAGUAUCUACCACAGGAAUCCUGUUUGUCAAGUUUGAUCCUGCUCCCACUCCUCUGCCUGGAAGGCCUUCACCAGAUGAUUUUGAUGAGGAAGGUUUCUGCCAGCCAUACAGAGGGAUUGCGUGCGCUCGCUUCAUAGGAAACAGGAGUAUCUUUGUAGACUCGCUGCAGAUGCAGGGAGAGAUUGAGACCCAAAUCACAGCGGCAUUCACUAUGAUUGGCACCUCCAAUCACCUUUCAGAUCGCUGCUCCCAGUUCGCUAUUCCCUCCCUGUGCCAUUUUGCCUUCCCAACAUGUGACCGCAGCUCUGGCAUGGACAAACCUCGAGAUUUAUGCAAGGACGAGUGUGAGAUUCUGGAGAACGACCUGUGUAAGACUGAGUACAUCAUCGCUCGCUCUAACCCUGUCAUCCUCAAACGUCUCAAACUGCCCAACUGUGAAGACCUUGCCGCUUCGGACAGCCUUGAUGCUGCCAACUGCAUGAGAAUAGGCAUUCCAAUAGCUGAGACCAUUAUUAAAAGCCACAAAUGUUAUAACAACAGUGGUUCGGACUACCGCGGCACAGUCAGCGUGACUAAAUCUGGUAGACAGUGUCAACCAUGGAACUCGCAGUAUCCCCACAGUCACACCUUCCUGGCCAUGCGUUACCCAGAGCUCAAUGGGGGACAUUCCUAUUGUCGCAACCCUGGCAACAAGCACGACGCUCCCUGGUGCUUCACCCUAGAUGAGAGCGUGCGCAUGGAGCUCUGCGACAUUCCUCCAUGUGAUUUGCCAAAGCAUGGGGGCAGCAGUAUGGGGAUCCUGUACAUCCUGGUACCAAGUGUGGCUAUACCGCUGGCCAUCGCCCUGCUGUUCUUCUUCAUUUGUGUGUGCCGAAACAACCAGAAAGCCUCACGUCCACAGGCACCACGCCAGCCCAAACCCGUCCGUGGCCAGAACGUGGAGAUGUCCAUGCUCACGGCCUACAAACCAAAGAGUAAAGCCAAAGAGCUUCCUCUGUCUGCAGUGCGCUUCAUGGAGGAGCUGGGCGAGAGCUCCUUUGGUAAGGUCUACAAAGGUCACCUGUACUUGCCAGGCAUGGAACACGCCCAGCUAGUGGCCAUAAAAACACUGAAGGACAUCUCAAGUGCACAAAACUGGGGGGAUUUCCAGCAGGAAGCAUCUGUCCUGGCAGAACUUCAUCAUCCCAAUGUGGUUUGUCUUCUGGGUGUCGUGACCCAAGAGCAGCCCGUCUGCAUGCUCUUCGAGUUCCUGGCCCAAGGGGACCUCCACGAAUUCCUCAUCAUGCGCUCUCCCCAUUCGGAUGUGGGCUGCAGCAGCGACGAGGACGGCACCGUCAAGUCCAGCCUCGACCAUGCGGACUUCCUGCACAUGGCCAUUCAGGUUGCAGCCGGGAUGGAGUACCUCGCCAGCCAUUUUUUCGUCCACAAAGACCUUGCGGCAAGAAACAUCCUGGUUGGGGAGCAGCUCCACGUCAAAAUCUCGGAUCUAGGCAUGUCGAGAGAUAUCUACGCCUCUGAUUAUUUCAGAGUCCAACCCAAAACGCUCCUUCCUAUUCGCUGGAUGUCAGCGGAGGCCAUCGUUUACGGGAAGUACACCACAGACUCCGACAUUUGGGCGUUCGGUGUGGUUCUGUGGGAGAUCUUCAGCUUCGGCCUGCAGCCCUAUUACGGUUUCAGCAACCAGGAAGUGAUCGAGAUGGUGCGGAAAAAGCAGCUGCUGCCCUGCCCGGAGGAUUGUCCCCCUCGCAUGUAUGCUCUGAUGACGGAGUGCUGGCAGGAGGGUCCCGCUCGCAGGCCCAGAUUUAAAGACAUACACAGCCGACUCCGUGCUUGGGAGGGUCUGUCUUCCCACGCCAGCUCCAGCACACCAUCUGGAGGCAACGCCACCACCCAGACUACCUCUCUGAGCGCCAGCCCCGUCAGCAACCUCAGCAGCCCGCGCUACGCCGGAUACAUCUACGGAGCUCCACAGAACCUCCCACCGGGACAAAUCGCGGGCUUCAUGGCGGCGCCGAUGCCACAGAACCAGCGUUUUAUACCUGUGAACGGAUACCCUAUCCCACCUGGCUAUGCUGCCUUCCCUGCAGCCCAUUUCGCCACAUCUCAGGGCCCUCCACAGGUGGUGCAACACUGCCCUCCGCCAAAGAGCCGGUCGCCCAGCAGCGCCAGCGGCUCAACCAGCACGGGUCACGUGACCAGCGUCCCCUCCACAGGCUCCAAUCAUGACGCCAACACACCCUUGCUUUCUCAUUGUGUCACCCUGACACCUAUGACAGCAAUGACGGGCGGCACAGUGCCAGUUUUUGGACAUUUUGCACAGAAGGCCAUGCAAAUAGACCAAAGUCAGGCAGCACUGCUGGCUGACACUAACAGACUGAUGUACAGUGAAUCCAUCAUUACAGCCGAUUUGUGAAUACAUGAUGUUUUGUCCUGUGUAUUGAUAAUAAUUAUUGAUAUUUUAAUGUUUUUUUGUUUCUUCUUCCUUGUAAAUAUAAAAUAGCCUGAACAAAAUGCGAAAGUUUAUAUUUUAAUGUCGUUUUAUAAACGUGUCUUAAAGGAAACUUGUAUAUUCACAUAUUCUCUGUGAAGCUUCAUGCCACUCAAUGUGACUAAACGUGGCCUUAAAAUGUCCAUUUUUUUUUUCAAGCAUUGAUGAUGCCCUUUCAAUGUUAUUUUCGACAGAGAUGUUGCUUUGUCAUCCCGUUUGACUCCUUUUUCAUUCGUCGACGACUUGAAAACUUCCGGAAGACUUAUGAAUGCCUUGGUCUCUGUCUCGUCAUAGCAUUUUGGACUUAUUGAAUUCGUUUCAAUGCAUUAAUAUUGCAUUGAAAUCUAACCCUAAAGAAGAAUUAAGGGAAUCAUUUUGCAAAUAUAUAUCACCAAUGCCUUAAUAUUAAAAAAAAAGAUGUUGCUUUAAUUAUGGCCACCAUAUGUGCCUUCAUUUUAUUAGGAAUCCAGGCAUGUGUACUUGUGGGAGAUAAUGUGUUCUGUGAGAUUCUUCUAUUACUGUGGUGUUAUUCAAAUGAUUUCAAACCACGAGGCACAUCAGAGCGACGUCCGAAAGCUUAGGCAGCUGACUUGUUGCCCUGUAAGCCAAUGACUUCUAGGACAACACAUGUGUUUUAAAGGUGCCUCUUACAGCAAAGACCACAAUAAAUACCACAAUACUAAUUUCAGUCAAAACUAACUGCAAACCGCAACUUUCUGGUGUCAUUUUUUUCUUUUUAGUUCAGCUUAAUUCACAUGCACAUGAUAGUGGGAUAUCAUAAGCAGAUGAAGGUUUCAAGACAGGAUGUGUCACAAUCAUUGGAUUGGGACAUGGUUUUUUGCCUUCCUACUUUUGCAUACAGGAUUGUUAUAUCAUUUUUUGGUCAUUAAAUGCUGCCUGUACGCCCAUAAUAUAGCUGAAAUUCAGGCAACCAGAAAACAUUCACAAGGUUUCCUUGUAUACUCUAUAUGUGCCUUACUCAAGAGCAUACAAACUGCCAGGAUAGCUUUUAAAUCAUCUAAAUGUGUCGGAAACUUUUCACACCACUGUUUGUCAAAGCAUAUGUGAAAUCUAUCUUAUUAAUGAUGAUGCAGAACUUUUUCUAACAUGAACUCCUCACUACCUAUAGAAUGUAAUGCCUAAAAAUUCCUCUAGAGGUCAGUGUCAAUCUGCGACUCUGAUUGAAUGAAGUUCUAUUUGUCUCACGGUAAAACUGUAUGUGCCUGCUAUUUCUUAGCUUUCAUUUGAUGUUUGUUAACUUUCUUCUCUCUCCGAGAUUGUAGCUCGUUUAAUCUCUUGACAUUUCACGGAAAUUUCACGGAUUAAACAGAUUUGAUCAUUUUUAGCAAGCAGCUCUAUGUCAUGUUCAUUAGCAUUUUGGUUUGUUGCUAUGCAACUGUUUAUUUCAAAGACACUCUUUUCCUGUGUUGAAGACAAUCAAGAAUUAAUCUUUUAUGCAGGGUAGGCCUACAGUGUUUUGUGAAGACAUGAUUGCUUGUGACCUAUAAAAUUGAUCCUUUUGGACAAUCA